AUGGAAGUUGCGUGGCCUUCGGGGUCCCUGCCGCUGAAAACACAGGCCAUUCGUUUUAUAGCAGUGCUUUUUAUUUCUAUUUGUACCCUCGCCUGUGCACUAGUGGUGACCAAUGCAAGAAUGCCGGACCCCAAGGUUGCUCGGCCGCUGCCCGAUGUUCUUUUCGAGUUGUUUCCAAAAGUUAGAUGGCUAGAAAAUAUGACGGAUGUUUGUAUAGGCUUUCUUAACAUGCUUAGUGCACUGGUCUUGUUUAAGUUGUACCUGCUUCAUCGUCAGAGUGAGGAACUCAAUGAACUACGGCUUCCAUUUCAGAUCCCAUUUGUUAGCAAGUUCAUUUUUGGCGUCUGGGAAGGAAGCCAGGAUACAGGAAUUGAAAGGCGAGACGUGCAUUUGAUUGCUUGGAUUCGUUUUGUAACAACGUACUUUAUAAUUUUGCUGUUUCGUUCACUUGUUAUUGUCAUGACGUCGUAUCCUGCGACAGACAAUCACUGCCAGAAGCCAGUGAAAAUUACAAAUCCGGUGAAAAACAUCAUUUUGGCGGUGGUAACGUUUGGUUAUGGGGCAACUCACUGCGGGGAUCUCAUGUUUAGCGGUCAUACGGUCAGCGUCACGCUUGGUUUCAUGAUACAGUGGGUCUAUGGGCCCAUGUUGCACGGAAUAUUUCGACCCGUGUCUGUUAUAUUGGUUUUUCUUAGUUUCUACUUCAUUAUUGCCUCCCGUUCCCACUAUACAGACGAUAUUCUCGUCUCCUUCUAUGCGACGGCCGUGACCUUUCUAGCGUUGCGUCAUUCACCGGAGGGUGCCCCGCGACAACUGCAGCUUUUAAUUGGCUGGUGGCCGUGUUGUGGCUCUAGCAGGGCAAACGAGGGUGAGAGUAGCAAUGCCGUCCUGGUGACUGUUGAUACGCCUCCUCCAGAAGAAGAAUAUCAGAGUACAGUGGGGGUGGAUAUAAAAGACGAAAAUGCGGUUGCACUGGCUCGCACGCACAUGGUGUAA